CAGACUAAUUGCUGAUUGGAGUUCAGGAACAUAAACUCCUGAGCCUAGGCCCUGCUGACCCCCCCAGCCCCUCUGCUUUCCACCAUGGACCAGGAUUACGAGAGACGUCUCCUACGCCAAAUCAACAUCCAGAAUGAAAACACAAUGCCUUGCGUAGCAGAGAUGAGAAGAACCCUGACACCUUCCAAUUCUCCGAUGUCUUCUCCUAGUAAACAUGGUGACAGAUUCAUUCCCUCAAGAGCUGGGGCCAACUGGAGCAUCAACUUCCACAGAAUAAAUGAAAAUGAAAAAUCACCAAGUCAAAACAGAAAAGCAAAAGAUGCUACAUCGGACAAUGGCAAAGAUGGCCUUGCUUACUCUGCCUUGCUGAAGAAUGAACUCUUAGGAGCAGGGAUUGAGAAAGUGCAAGACCCACAGACAGAAGACAGGAGGCUGCAGCCGUCCACCCCAGAGAAGAAGUCUCUUUUCACUUAUUCGCUCAGCACAAAACGCUCUAGUCCAGAUGAUGGCAAUGAGGUCUCACCGUAUUCCCUGUCUCCUGUCAGCAACAAAAGUCAGAAGUUGCUAAGAUCACCUCGAAAACCAACUCGGAAAAUCUCAAAGAUUCCUUUCAAAGUGCUGGAUGCCCCAGAGCUGCAGGAUGACUUCUACCUGAACCUGGUGGACUGGUCUUCUCUUAAUGUCCUCAGCGUUGGCCUUGGGACUUGUGUUUACCUGUGGAGUGCUUGUACUAGCCAGGUAACCCGACUGUGUGAUCUCUCAGUGGAAGGAGAUUCUGUAACAUCUGUGGGCUGGUCAGAACGGGGGAACUUGGUAGCUGUUGGCACUCACAAGGGCUUUGUACAGAUCUGGGAUGCAGCUGCAGGAAAGAAGCUCUCCAUGCUAGAGGGGCACACAGCCAGAGUCGGUGCUUUGGCAUGGAAUGCGGACCAGCUGUCUUCUGGGAGUCGAGACAGGAUGAUCCUUCAGAGAGACAUCCGCACCCCACCCCUACAGUCUGAGCGACGGCUCCAGGGCCACAGGCAGGAGGUCUGUGGGCUCAAAUGGUCUACGGACCAUCAGCUCUUGGCCUCUGGAGGAAAUGAUAAUAAGCUCCUUGUCUGGAAUCACUCCAGCCUGAGUCCUGUCCAGCAGUACACAGAGCAUCUUGCAGCAGUAAAAGCUAUCGCCUGGUCUCCACACCAGCAUGGACUCCUUGCAUCUGGUGGUGGUACCGCUGACCGCUGCAUACGCUUCUGGAACACGCUUACUGGGCAGCCUUUGCAGUGCAUUGACACUGGGUCGCAAGUGUGCAACCUGGCCUGGUCAAAACACGCCAACGAGCUAGUGAGUACCCACGGAUACUCGCAGAACCAGAUCCUCGUCUGGAAAUACCCUUCAUUAACUCAAGUAGCAAAGCUAACAGGGCACUCUUACAGAGUCUUGUACCUGGCAAUGUCCCCUGAUGGGGAGGCCAUAGUUACAGGAGCUGGAGAUGAAACCUUACGCUUCUGGAACGUCUUCAGUAAAACUCGCUCAACAAAGGAGUCUGUAUCCGUUCUCAACCUCUUCACCAGGAUACGAUAA